AUGAAGGUGGAGGACUCGGAGAACCCCCCUGCCAAGGCGGACCGGGUCGCCGUGGGCACGGAGGAGAAGGAGAAAGAGUCGACAGACACGGCGGUGGACCUCAAGCCGGCAGCAGAAGAAGAGAAGAAGGAGAAGAGAAAGCAGACAGUCGAGUUCAGUGACAAGGAGGCAAACCACGAGCUCACCGCCAAGGCCAACGUCAAGGACGCCGCCGACAUCAGCGAGGACAUCGACCCGGCCAACGAAGUGCAGGGAGCAAAACUCGUGGUCAUCCACCUGACCAUCUGCCUGUGCACCUUCCUGGUCGGGCUCGACUUCAACCUGAUCGCCACCGCCGUGCCCGUCAUCACCAGCGACUUCGACUCGACCCGUGAUAUCGGCUGGUAUGGCGCCGCCUUCAUGGUCGCCAUGUCGGCCAGCCAGCCGCUGGCGGGCAAGGUGUACACGCUGUGGUCCAAGAAGCUGGUGUAUCUGCUCUACCUGCUCGCGUUCGAGGUCGGCAGUCUUGUCUGUGGCCUAGCGCCGUCGUCGUCGGCCCUCAUUGCUGGCAGGGCUGUGGCAGGGUUUGGUGCGUCCGGGCUGUUUGCUGGGGGGUUCACUAUCCUCACCACCAUCAUUCCGCUGCAUAAACGGGCGGUGUGGACGGGUCUGAUGGGUGCUACUUUUUCGAUUGCCAGCAUUGUAGGGCCGGUCAUCGCUGGUGGUCUGACGCAGAACGUUACCUGGAGGUGGUGCUUUUAUAUCAAUCUGCCGAUCGGUGGUGCCGCUGCCAUCGUGUUCUUCCUCCUCGUUCAUCUUCGUCCCGCCGAGACCGAAAAGAAGACUCUCAGGGGCAAGCUCGAAUCCCUGGAUAUCCUCGGCUUUGUACUAUUCGCGUCCUCCAUCACCAUGCUCCUCCUCGCGUUGCAGUGGGGCGGUAUCGAGCGCCCUUGGUCCUCUUCGGUAAUCAUCGGCCUGCUUGUGGGUUUCGGGGUAGUGAUGAUCUUCUUCAUUCUCUGGACACUGCACCAACAAGAGAACGCCCUAAUCCCUCCCCGGUUGUUCACCGUCAACAGGAACCCCGCCCUGCUCUGCGCAGCCGCCUUCUUUGUCAACGGGCCGUUCCAGGUCAUCAUCUACUGGCUCCCGAUUUGGUUCCAGGGGGUGCUGGGCGCCUCGCCGACCCAGAGCGGUGUCAACUUCUUCCCAACUGUGGUUUCGGACGUGCUCGCUGCUUUCAUCGGUGCGGCUAUUGUCUCGCAGCUGGGUUGGUGGAACCCGCUUCUGCUGUUUGCUGAAGUCUGUGUUUGCCUCUGUGGCGGCCUUCUUACCACCAUCUACCCAAAUAUCUCGGGGGCGCACUGGGUAGGCUAUCAGAUUCUGGGCGGUGUGGGGUACUCGUUGACUUCCAACCUGUCGCAUCUCGCCAUGCAGUCCUCGUUACCACAAGAUCUCGUCCCGCUAGGCUCGUCAACCCUACUGUCCAUCAUAUCCACCAGUUGCUCCAUCUUCAUGGCAAUCGGCCAGGCAGUCUUCCAAAGGCAGCUUCAGCUUAACCUCAGCGGUGUGAUACCCGGCACCCUAGUUGAAGAUAUUAUCGAUUCGGGCGUGACCAGUGUGAGAUCGCACGUGGAUGCCACCGAGUUGGUGGCGGUGAUUGAGAAAUACAGCUUGUCCGUCACGCAGGUCUUUUAUAUCCCGGCUGUAACACCGGUUCUUUCAUUCCUUCUGCUCCUCGGCUGCAAGUGGAUUUCAACCAAAAGCAAGCAGACCCCGGCAACAACCACAGCGUAG